AUGGAAACGGUCAACCAAAUGGUGGACGUGUUGUGCCAACGGUUGUCGCCCGGUCUCGUUGGGCAAGCUCGGUCACAGGCAACCGGUGUGCGACGCCGAAGGACUACUAACGAACGGGCGGAUGACGUGGAUCCGGCGCCCGGUGGUGACGAUCGGCUCGACCAGCUCGACGAUUCGGACCCCGAGAUGCAGCAGCGCGAGAAGGAGGUGAAGCGCGACAGUUCGGCCGGUAUCGACGAGAUCGAUAAGGCGCUACCAACCGAGAGUGACCUCCGAGAGCAGUGGCAGGUGGAACACGGUGGAAGUGUUGCCGAGCGAAGCGUGAUGCAAGCGGAUACACCAACGACCAAUGGCACAAAGUUGUUGCCAGGGUUGAGCGGCGGGCGGCUUGCGGAAACCGGCCCCGAAGGUCAACCGGUUCCUGCGAGCGAUCCGCCACCCGAUAACUGCCCGCUACCGGAAACGGUCCAUUGCGGCGGUGACAGUUUGAUCGUUUCGGAGGGGCCCACGAUGCGGGCGCUGGAUGCUGUUGCUGCCGGCAACCUGCCGAACGAGGAACCGGUGCACCACUCAAACGAUCGACGGUCGCCUGGACCGAUGGCCGAAGCUUCGUUUGGCAAUCAACCGGAGAAGUGUACGGUUUGCCAAGAUCCCAACGCUAGUGGCGGACGUCAGUCCAUCAGCAGUACAGCGGCGGGGGUUCCGCUGGACACUAGCCGCCACAGUUGGCACGUCGAGAACGAAACGCAAACCAACCUAACGACGGACGACGUGGAGCUAUCGGCCAUUUUCACAUCGAACACGCGUAGUCUGUGUACAUCCUAUCUGAACCUUGGUGGUGGUGCGAAGACCGGACGAAAACAAUCGUACAGUAUUGGCCGGAUCCACGGCACGUCACGAGGAGCCCACUGUUACGGCGGUGGUGCACUGCAGAAGGAGAGGCUGCGCCUCCGCUAUGGCAUCCUGCUGGCGUACGGAUCGUACUUCGGCUACAGUGAGCAGCUACUACCAGCGUCCGCAGCAACGCCCCGGCCCGGCCGGCGACGGGUUGAGAUGGUUCGGUCCCGCGAGCGAUUCACGCCACUUCGACCGGACCAGAUUGACGGCGAUUUCCCGAUGGCCGAUGGCUCCUUCUAUCCUUUCGCGGCACUAACCCAACAGAUGCCCCUGCAGCUGAGAGCCGUCUCUAGUCCAUCACUGUCGGAGGCUCCAGUCGAGACGGCGGUGCCGCACGCCGCUGGCAACGACGACGAUGGUCACCGGCAGCACGUGACCAGUUCGGCCGUUCGCCCUCCAGCACAGCACCCGCAACCGAAUGGAACGCAACCGAAGACUGCCAAAGCGCCUAGUAACAGCACCACGUCGUCCCAUCAUCAUCCUCCGGCGCAAGUGUCCGAAAGUGUUUUGCAAAAGUUUCGCAAAACGUUCUCCCAUUUUAAAACAUCCAAAACGACGGCUUCGCCGGUGAACGGUGCAGGUGUGUCGUUGGAGCUACAGACCAGCGCGGCCACUAUGAGUGUUGACGACAAGCUGCAGCAGCAGUCGACAACCACACAGCAACAGCAGCAACAGCAGACACAUCAUCAUCAUCGCUUUGGGCCACUGAUCUGGCGGUCGAGUAAGGAACGUCGCAAGACCAAGUCCCACCGGCGGGACAAAUGCAAUAGCGGCGAUUCCGGCAUUCAGGUGGAGCUGGAUAACGAUGCGGAUCAGCAGUUGUUGCUUCAGCAUCUGCAUCCUUUGGAGCACCAUCCGGAGACAAACCGCAAUGGGGUACGUUGUUUGGAGGUUUCAUCACAUUGUGGUGGUCCGGUGCGGAGAGCUAACUCGGCUAAAGUGUCCACCAACAGCGGCACCAGCAGCAUCAGUUCGUCUGCCCUACGGCACAAACUAUCGCUCAAGGGGAAGGACAAGGAGAACAUCGGCAAUGGUGGGCCACGGUUGAGCGGCAAAUCCUUAAGUCAACCGUCAGGUCUGGACUGCAUCGUCGGCACGGGCGGCACUACGGAAGAGUGCUGCGAAACGGGCGAUGGUGGCCGGCGGAGACGCCGACAGCACGGCCGCACCGCAACCACCAUCCCCACCGAGCUGGAUCUGAGCGACAGCGAAAGCAUAUCGUCGCACCCGGACGAGGACGAAGCGGUUGAUGCACGCAGCGAAGAGGACCUGCUGGAGCCCGUCUUUGCCGAGGUACUGUUCUCGUUUCGCCCCGGAGGUCCGCAGGAGCUGGCCCUCGAGAAGGGUGCCCUGAUGGAGGUGCUCAAGCGAGAACCGGGCCCAUGGUGGUGGGGCAGAAUGAAAUCCGACGCCGUUCUGGCUCGCCCGAACGGUGAGGAACACAACGGAGGGUCGGGAAAACUAGCCGACUGCGGCUGGUUCCCGAAGGACUACGUUAAGCUGCUGCCGCGGUACGGCAAACCGAAACAGAUCAUCGUCAUCAACAACAGUGACCCCGAAGACCCGAAGCAACCGUGCGGUGACGGUGAUGAUGGUGAAAGUAGUGCCUCUACGCUGAUCGAAGGGGGCACACUGAUGAGCUGUGAUAGCCGGCUGCAAGGGCAAAUGUCCACCGCCACGACGCACUCGGAGGCUGAUCCGGAGACGCCGGAUGGCACGAUCCCUAGUCACAAUCUAACGAAGGAGAACAUCAUCAAGGAGCUGCUGGAGACGGAGAUCAACUACGUGAAGCUACUGAACUCGUUGUGCUUAGGUUUCAUCAAACCCUUGCGCGAACGGGAGGACAUCUUUUCGGCGGAAAGCAUCAGCCUGAUGUUUUCCAACCUCGAAAAGAUCUGGCGAUUUCAGCAAACGUUUCUCGACGCUCUGCGGCUCGCGGUGCCAAGCAAUCGGAUCGGCGAAGUGUUCCUCGAAUAUCAAUCUGCGUUUAUGGUGUAUUCUACCUACUGCAACUCCUACCCGCGGGCGCUGAUGGAACUCGAGAACUAUGCUAGUAACAAGGAGGCCAAUCAGUUGCUGGAAAAUUGUCGGAUAGCGGAAAAUUUACCGGAAUUGCCACUGUCGGCACAUCUGCUGGCACCGAUCCAGCGAAUAUGUCGAUACCCGUUGCACCUGAGCGAACUAGUCAAACACUCGCCCACCCGGAAGGAGCUGCUGCCAACGCUGAACCUGCGCAAGUGCACCAAAUCCGAACUGGAAACGAUGGACUGCAAGGAGGUGUUUGAAAUGGCCCUUUCGGCAAUGCGCCGCGUCACGGAGAUGGUCAACGAAGGGAAACGACACAGCGAAUAUCUGUCCCGCAUCCAGGCACGGUUCGAAAACUUCCAGGGCCCGUCGAUCAAUCUGCACAGCACGCGGCUGUUCCUGCAAACCGACGCCAUCCGGAUGUCGCCCAACAUCUGGAACAACACGUACACGCUGUUCCUGUUCGACCGGCAGCUCAUCUACUGCAAGAAGGAUCUGCUCAAGCGCACCAACUACAUCUACAAGGGUCGCAUCUUUCUCGACAACUGUCGCAUCCUGAACCUGCCGGACGGCAAAAUGUUUGGCGUGACGCUCAAGAACGCCCUGCGUCUGUACUGUGACACGCGCAACAAGUGGUUCGACUUCUGCUUCCGCAGCAGCAGCAGCAAGCUGCGGUUCCUCAACACGCUCUCGACCGAGCGCCAGUUUUGUGGCGAAAGUUUGUUCGUAUCGGAACUGGACGGUGGUGGGUCGGGUUCGUGUUUCGAGGACGACAACCUGUCCGACCGGGAGUACUUCCCGUACGUGGACGACAGCCGGGACGGGCUGAUGACGGGUUCGGCUGGCGCUAGCGAUGGCACUGACCCGUGGGAACUGUCCGACGCGACGGGUAGUGGCGGGUACCGGCCUUCGAUGGCCAGCAGCGUCUGUUCGGUGGGAUCCGGCCACUACAACACGCAGAACCACAGCAAAGAAUCUCACCCCAAACAGCCGAUGAUGGGCCCACCGGGGGCCGCCGGUGGCAACACGUUGCCGAAAAAGUCUCGAAAGAUGCCCAAAGAAGCGGUCCUCCAGCAGCAGCAGGCGGAGUUCGGGUCGAACUCCCUCGGCCGACGGAAGCUGGGUAACUGGUUCCGGAAGGCCAAGAGCACCAACAGCACACCCUCGCAAAGCCCUACCCACCAUCCGAUGGCAAUGUCACUGGCCGCCAUCAGCAGCACGGCCAACAAUCAGUCCGAUAGCUCAUCCCAAAGCAGCCUGGUGACCGGGUUGGGUUACCAGCAACGCACGCUCUCGACACUCAGCAACAACAGUACGGCGGCCGCCACGAAAGGUAAACCUCUGCUAGACCCAUCACCACCGCCAACAACGGCAGCAGGAUCGGCCCCUCAGCCUCAGGCGGCAUCGUCCUCCUGAGGGUGCGAGACUACCUUGCUCUAGGAGCGUGGUGCUGCUCGAAGCAGCGAGCGACCGUUGUGAACGUUGCACCCCAGUAGCCUUAGGCUGCCCAUCAUUCGCACACAUCCCUUCACCCGGGGGUUAGCUUGGUUACGUCAUCGCCAUCUUGGUACCAAACGAACGAAAUGUAAUCUCGAAACACACGCGCGCUGUAGUGGGGGAUGUUGU